CGGGCCGCAGCAUGGUCCUGGUGCACGUCGGAUACCUGGUGCUGCCCGUCUUCGGCUCCGUGCGCAACAGAGGUGCUCCCUUUCAAAGGUCUCAGCAUCCCCAUGCUACCUCCUGCCGGCAUUUCCACCUGGGUCCCCAGCCUCAGCUCUCCGCCGACUUCACCCUGCCUCACGCGGUGCAGCCCCAGCCGGGGCUGACCCCUCACAUGGCCCCUGCACACCAGCACAGUGGCCCCCUCCACCAGCCCCUGGCCCCAGUGCCACCCCUGCCCUUCCAGGACGUCGCUGGACCCUCCUUCCUACCUCAGGCGCUACACCAGCAAUACCUCCUCCAGCAGCAGCUCCUCGAGGCACAGCACCGCCGGCUCAUGCCCCAUCCCAGGCGGGCUCAAGAGCGCAUGUCUGUCCAGCCUCACCGCCUACACCCCAGCUUCGACUUCAGCCACCAACUGCAGACUCCACAACCCAUGGGGCCCCAGCCCAGGUAUUUAGCAGAAGGCACGGACUGGGACCUCAGUGUCGAUGCGGGACUGACUCACGCCCAGUUCCAGGUCCGUCCCGUCCCUCAGCCAUAUCAGCAUUACUUAGCCACACCUCGGAUGCACCAUUUCCCCAGAAGCACAUCCUCAACGCAGAUGGUUGUUCAUGAAAUCAGAAAUUACCCUUACCCUCAACUUCAGUUGCUUGCUCUUCAGGGACUGAACCCAAGCAGGCACACAUCUGCUGUGCGGGAGAGCUAUGAAGAGCUGCUGCAGCUGGAGGACAGGCUGGGCAGUGUGAGCCGGGGCGCCGUCCAGAACACCAUCGAGAGAUUCACCUUCCCCCACAAGUACAAGAAGGCUAGGAAGCUGCGGGCCAAAUUUUCAAAGGGGUCUCAACCUUCUCCCACCCAGCGGGUGCAAUUUCCCCCCUGUCCGCACCUGAGAAGACCACAGGAAGGCAAAGCUGAGCAAGAUGAUGGAGAGGAGUCAGACACCGAUGAGAAAUGCACAAUCUGUCUGUCCAUGCUAGAAGACGGAGAAGACGUCAGGCGGUUGCCUUGUAUGCAUCUCUUCCACCAAGUGUGCGUGGACCAGUGGCUGGCCACCAGCAAGAAGUGCCCGAUCUGCAGGGUGGACAUUGAAACACAGCUCGGCUCGGACAGCUGAAAGGACUGGCUGGACACACCAUUUUCCUUACCAGGUCGUAUGGCCAUAGACCCUUGCAGCAAAAUUUUUGCCUUCUGAGCCAUUUGAUUGAGAGGGGAAGUCUGCAGGCACGUUAGUGAGGAGGAGGAGGAGGUGGUGGUACAAUAUCUAGCAGUAGGAGAUAUUGCACAUAUGCAGGAUACAGGCCCAGUGAAAGGGAGCUGGCAUUCCCGGAGCUCAGAGACCCCGUGCUGCAGAAGAUUUAGUGUUGAACAUGAAGGAACUAGUUGUGGUAGCCUGGCCUGUCAAUCCUGCACUUCAUGGGGAUUGUAUAUAUACCUCUCGAAUAUGUAGAAACAUGUUAGGGGUCCUUUAGCUAUUUCUAUGGAUGGCAGCUGGAGCAUGUUAGCUUAAGAAAUGUUGUGUUUGAUGCCCUACUCAUCUUGUGGUGGACAUGUUGCUGUUACCUAUUUUGCACCAAAUAUUUUUUCAUAGAUUCCUUAUUUUGGUGCCUGAUUAAUACAUUGCAGAGGGGGAAUAAAGAGGUCAAACUUUCCCACCCUUGGGGUGGGGGAAGAGGAGAAAAAGCAAAAUCCUGUUUACAGUCAGAAGGGUUUGCGCUCUUUGCCUCAGCCGCGUGUGCUUCUUUCCCUUGCAUUUACAGUGUGUUGCAAAUUUAGAGAAGCUUAAAGAAAUAAAAAUUGGGGAUAAAAUGAACGAA